AUGCACAUCCUCGUGACCAACGACGACGGGCCCCCGAGCCCGCACUCGUCGCCCUACGUCCACGCCCUCGUGCGCGCCCUCCAGGCCGCCGGCCACACCGUCUCGGUCUGCCUGCCGCACACCCAGCGCUCCUGGAUCGGCAAGGCGCACCUCAUAGGCCACACCGUGCGGCCCACGUACUACCGCCCGCCGACGGAAGCCGCCUCCCCGGUCCCGGCGGGCCUGCCCGGCGCCACCGACGACGGGUCGACGCACGCGCGGCCCUGGCGGCGGUCGAGCCCCGGCGAGCAGGCCCCGGAGGAGUGGGUGCUCGUCGACGGCACGCCCGCGAGCUGCGUGCAGAUCGGGCUGCACCACUUCUUCCGCGAGCGCGGCGCCGUCGACCUCGUCGUCUCGGGCCCCAACUACGGCCGCAACACGACGGCCGUGUUCGCGCUGAGCAGCGGGACCCUGGGCGGCGCCAUCGAGGCGGCCGUCUGCCGCCGGCGGGCGGUCGCGCUGAGCUACGCCUUCUUCACGCGCAACCACGACCCGGAGGUCGUGGGCGCGGCGACGAGGCACGCCGUCCGGGUCAUCGAGCGGCUCGCGGCGCAGUUCCCGGCCGACGGCUCGGUCGACGUGUACAGCGUCAACGUGCCGCUCGUGGAAGGCGUGGACACGCACCGGACGCUGUGGACGGGGAUGCUGCAGAACUACUGGAGCGAGGGCGGGUGCUUCCAGGCCGUCGAGGGGGGCGACGGCGGGGACGAGGACGAGGCGGAGGAGAGGAUACGGGAGGGGCGGGACGGCGAGGUCGCUGCUGCUGCUGCUGCGAAUGGUGACGGUGGCGACGGCGGGGCGGCCGCGGCGUCGAGCCAGCAUGUGCACAAGCACUUCAAGUGGGCGCCCAGGUUCACGGAUGUGUACCGCAGCGUGGAGGAGGCGCCGCCUGGGAACGACGGGUGGGCUGUCAAGGAAGGGUUUACGAGUGUCACGGCUAUCAAGGCGAACUUUUGGGCCGCAGCGACGCAUCUGCACGGCCAGGAGCUGGAGCUGGAACCCAGCCAGAAAGCGCUUGCAAGCCGACCCAAGCCCGCAGAUGAGAAGAAAGACCCGGACCACAUCUACGCCCUCAUCGACUAUGAGGACGCCUACGUACAACCGCUCAUCCUCUCCGCCUUCGAGAAGCUCCUGCCCAAGGAACGAUACACCCUCCUGACACCGCCGACCCCGACGACAGAAUCAUCGGACUGCGCGAUAUCCCUACCUUCGCUCCUGCCGAGUCCCGAUGCGAAGGUCCUGCAGAUCAGCCCCUACGAGAGCAUAGACUUCGAGCACGCCGCCACGCACCCGGCCACAUCGCUGGUCAACAGCUACAUGAUCCGCAAGGCGCUGAUCCGGAAGCACUUCCUGUCGUCGACGGUGGACCACUGGGUCGCGAAGCACCCGGACUCGGUGCUCAAGACGCACGUCAAGCGCAGCGAGGCGUUCGAGGUGGACUACGCGGAGUUUCUGGACGACGCGCUGGUAGAGGCGUUCGACCUCAGGGCGAGCUUGGAGAAGAACGAGGAGGGGGGCCCGGAGGAGGACGAGGUCGAGGAGCCGGGGGAGACGGGAGCAGUAGGAGGAGGAGGAGGCCUCGGUCAGGGUUCGUCGUCAUCGCCGUCGUCGUCGUCGUCGUCGUCGAAGGAGUGGUGGAUUCUGAAGCCGGGCAUGAGCGACCGCGGCCAGGGGAUCAAGCUGUUCCACACUAUGGAGGAGCUGCAAGGCAUAUUCGACGCCUGGGAGGAAGAUCAGCCGGACAGCGACGACGAGGACGACGAAGACAAUACAUCGCAGAACGGGGCCGGCGGAGAUGGCGACGAAGACGACGCUGACGAGGGCAAGGAAUACAUCACGACGUCGCACCUACGACACUUUGUGGCUCAGCCUUACAUCCACCCGCCCCUGCUGCUGCCGGGCAUGCAGAACCGCAAGUUCCACGUCCGCACGUACGUCCUGUGCACGGGGGCCAUGAAGGUGCACGUCUUCCGCCCCAUGCUCGCCCUCUUCGCGGGCAAGCCCUACGCCGCGCCGUGGGAAGGCGGCGGCGACGACGACGACGGCAGCAGCAACGGCAACCUCGACGCGCACCUCACCAACACCUGCCUGCAGAAGGAGGACGGCUCGGGCGCCGCCAGGGAGGGCGCCGUCGCGCGGUUCUGGGACCUGCCGGACCUGCCGGACGGAUCUGCUACUGCUACUGCUACUACCACCAAGGCAGCGAUAUCCAAGGAGUCCAUCUUUGCGCAGAUCUGCGACGUGGCGGGCGAGAUCUUCGAGGCGGCGGCCAGGGGCAUGGUGGUGCACUUCCAGCCCCUGCCCGGCGCGUUCGAGGUCUACGGGCUCGACUUCCUCGUCGACGCGGCGGGCACGGCCUGGCUGCUCGAGGUCAACGCCUUCCCGGACUUCAAGCAGACCGGGGAUGAGCUCAGCGAGAUCGUGGCGGAGUUCUGGGCAGGAGUGCUUCGCCUCGCCGUCGGUCCGUUCGCUGGCGCCAGUGCCAGUACGAGUACGACGAGUAGCGGGCGUGACGCGGACAGUGAUAUGGUCCUUGUGCGGGAGGUCGAUCUGGGCAGGCGUGUAGAUGAGCCCAAUGGCAUCGCCAUCUUCUUGGCAAUGAUCCGUCGUGUUGUUGUGUUUGUCUAA